GUCGGUAUGGAGAAGAGCGUCCGCGUCGCCGUCCGCGUCCGCCCGCUCUCGACCAAGGAGAAGGCGACCGCGCGGCCGAGCGUCGUGGCCGUCGCGCCCAAGGAGCACCAGGUGACCGUGCGCAAGAAGACGUAUACCUUCGACCGCGUCUUUGGCCAAUAUGCGUCGCAGAAGGACGUCUUCAAGGGCGUCGUGCAGAGCGUGGUCGACGAAGCGCUCGCGGGCUUCAACUGCACGGUGUUCGCCUACGGCCAGACGGGCACGGGUAAGACGCACACGAUCCAGGGCAAGCUGAGCCCACUUGACGAGAACGCCGGCAUCAUUCCACGCAGCGUCAACUACAUCUUCGACAAGCUCCAGGCUACGAAGAGCGAGUACUCGGUGCGCGUCUCGUUCCUCCAGCUCUACAACGAAGAGCUCAAGGACUUGCUGGGCGAGAACAAGAAGGACAAGCCGCUGCGCCUCAUGGAAGACGCCAAGCGCGGCGGCGUGUACUGCCAAAACCUCGAAGAAGUCACGACGCUCACAGCGUCGCAUGUGUUUGAGCUCCUCGAGAUUGGCUCCAAGAACCGCAUCAUGGCCGAGACGCUGCUCAACGACCAGUCAAGUCGCUCGCACUGCAUCUUUACCAUCCGCAUCCACAGCAAAGAGUCCAACAUCCCCGGCGAAGAACUCAUUCGAAGCGGGACACUCAACCUCGUCGACUUGGCCGGCUCCGAGUGCAUUGGCCGCUCGGGCGCGCGCAACGUUCGUGCGCGCGAGGCGGGCAACAUCAACCAAAGUCUCCUCACGCUCGGCCGCGUCAUCACGGCCCUUGUCGACAAGCACCCGCACGUGCCCUACCGCGACUCGAAGCUGACACGGCUCUUGCAAGAGUCGCUGGGCGGCCGCGCCAUGACGACGAUCAUUGCGACCCUUGGCCCCGCGGGCGACUGCAUUGAUGAGACCAUGAGCACGCUCGACUACGCGCAUCGCGCCAAGAGCAUCAAAAACAAACCGGAAGCCAACCAGCGCAUGACCAAGCACGUCUUGAUCAAGGAGUAUGGCGUCGAGAUCGACGCGCUCCGUAGCCAGCUCAUGGCCGCGCGGGCCAAGGACGGUAUCUUCUUACCGCCCGCCCAGUACGCCGAGAUGCAAGACCGCCUCGCGUGGUUCUCCUCCAAGCUCGCCGAGCUCGAAGACGAACUCGACAUCAAGACGACGCUCGUGGCCGAAGUCGAAGAAGCGCUCGAGUCGUCCAAAGCCGAAGUGACCGAGUUGGACGGCAAGCUCUCGGCCACCCAGACGGAGCUCAAAGCUACGGCCGAGACGCUCGUGGCGACCGAAGUGCAGCUGCGAACGAGCGAAGCGCAACUCGAACGCACGCAAACCGCGCUGCAAGUCUCGGAAGGCAACGUCACCGAGCUCCAGCGGCAAGCUGCGAUCGCGACAACCCUGUACAAGGACCGGCUUCGAGACAUUGCUGCGCUGCAGGACGCUGCGGGCCGAAAAGAGGCGCUGCUGCAAGCCAACUAUGCGACGACGCAGGCGUACACAGCGCACGCGACGUCCCAGUGCCAAGCGCUCACGACCGCCGUCGACGCGUUAAAGAAGGAGCAAACCGACCAGAUGACGUCGCUCACGAGCCACAUGCACCGGGUUGCAACGUCGUACGAAGCCGCGCUCGGUGACGUCGCCAACCAAUUUGCAUCGGUGCAGAAGGACCUCGCGGCGCUUGUCACGGGGAUGCUCGCCAAGGUUGAAGGGGGCCAUGAGCGCGUGCACGCCGACCAGAUGGAACAGAAGGCACUGAGUGAGACGCAGGCAGCUGCCAAUGCCGCCGCGAUCGACAAGCUGUCGCCGCUCACCGAGAGCCUUACGUCGCGCCUCGAAGCGCUCACUCGCGUCAGCGUCUCCUCGGUGGCCGCCGUGGUCGACAGCGUCCAGCGCGAGUGUGACGCGAUGCGCGUCGGCAUGGAAGGCUACACGGCGCGUCUUGAGAGCAUGCUCGACGCGACGCAGAGUCGCCUCACGACCACGCUUCAAGACGAAGUCCAAACGCGCGCGCGCGACACGCAGAGCGCGGUGGCAUCGCUGACGACUACGAAGGAGACGAUGCGCCACCAGGUCGAGGCGCUUCAAGCCUCGCUCAAGGCACAGCUCGACACGUGUCUCUCGUCCAUGCUGCAGUCGCUCUCGGGCACGUCGUCGUCGCUGGAAGAACAGGCCUCGGCCUCGGACGAACGGGCUCAAAAGCUACUGGCGCAGGUCGCUAGUGACGUGGCGGCGGCGGCCACCGACGCCGCCGACCAAGCAGGCAAACUGGGCACGCAGCUCGAGACGACGACCGAGCACGUCACGGCCUUUGCAACGACGCACGCGUCGCAUGUAGAGCAUGUGCAGAGUGCGGUGGCCGCGCAUGCAGACGCGACGAACGAGCUGCAAGCCUCGCUGCAGAAUCAAGUGACCGCGCACGUCUCGGCCUUGCACCAGCAGCUCGCGUCCCAAGCCGCGGUGCACGCGGACGCGUUCGAGGCGACAACCGAGUGGAUGGCGACGCAGUUCCAGCGCAUCGAGACCGAGCAAGAUGCGUACGUGGCAAGCCACAAGACGUCGUCGUCGGUUGUGCAAGACGCGUGCCAAACGUGGCGGACGACGGUAGAAACGCUCUCGACUAAAGCGGUGGUCCAAGCCACCAACCUGACUGCGGACGUCGUGCGGCAAGACGAAGCUGCGGGCGCGCUGCUGCAAGGGCUCAAGACCGAUACCAUGUCGUCGGGCGCCACGCCCCGGAAGCGGCCGCACGACGCAUCCUUUCCUACGUUCACCGUCCAUGACGGACAUGGCGUCGACGCCAUGGCCCUCGGCUCCCCAAAGCGGAAGCUGGACCUCGUCGACGUUGGCGCAAGCCGCCUCCAGCCCCCGAAAAAAUACCUCAAGCAGACCAGCGCGUCGCAGUAAGAAUAAGAAUCGGCACUAUCCGCCUCGUUAAAAAGGAUGCAAGUUUGGACGAUUGCAAAGCUUAGCGGGCAACCGUAGUAGUUGCUGGGCUCAGCCCUUUCGAUGCUUUUGGGACUCUUGCCAUGAUACCCCAGCGAGAAAUGUUAUUCAACGUAAGUAUAAUUUUUCUCCACAAGAAAAAAUGGGGGGGACAGCGCCCACUUCUCUUGCAA